AUGGCUGAUAUGCUUUUUGAGGGAGAUACAAAACAUCAAGACAAUAAUAAUUAAGAAAUUUAUUAAAAUGCUUAAAAUAGCUAAGAAUGUUCAAUAAAUUAAUAUUUGCAAUAAUUAGAACUUUUAGAAAUUGAUUAAAUCUUGAAUUUAUUUAAAAAAUGCAAUAAAUCAAAUUUCAUCAAAAACAUAUUAAAUUAAUUCAUAAAUUUCUUGACUGAAUAAGGUGAUGAAGUUAUAAUAGAGUCUUUGACUCGUUAAAAAGACAGAGAUGUUGUAUAGAUUAGGAAAGAAUUUCAAAAUUUUAUAAGGUCUAAAAAACCCAACGCAACUAUGCUCAUUUCAAUCCUGAAAAGCAAGAGAUUCAGUGUACAUUUCCACUACUUUUUAAAAUAUUACAGCAUCGACUGGAUAAGAAGCAAAAGACUGAAGGAUAUAAAGAACCAUCUUUUAUGCAUACACUAUUUAAUACGCUGCUAAGAAAAACCCGAGCUAAUUGAGUGUAUUAUUAGAUACAAAAAAAAGGACUGA